CAAGGAACUCUUUUUUCCUUGUCUAAGAACUUGCCAGCUCAUUCUGUUGUUGACUAAUUAAUUUUAAUUGUCAAAAUCUGACAUGUACAGAUUUAUCAACAAUGUCUGAUGAAUUAGAAUUUGAAACUCUUGAACCAUCUCUCAGAAAUGUAAUAGAUCAAACCACCCUGAAAUGGAUUUUCGUAGGCGGUAAAGGUGGUGUUGGCAAAACAACUUGCAGUUGUAGUCUGGCAGUACAGUUGUCAAAAGUGAGGAAAAGUGUUCUAAUAUUGUCCACUGAUCCUGCUCAUAAUAUUUCUGAUGCAUUCGAUCAGAAAUUUACCAAAGUGCCUACCCUCGUAAAGGGCUUUACCAAUCUCUAUGCUAUGGAAAUUGAUCCAAAUGUAGGAUUCAAUGAAUUACCAGAUGAAUAUUUUGAUGGGGAACCAGAUGCAAUGAAAAUGAGUAAAGGAAUCAUUCAAGAAAUAGUUGGUGCCUUUCCUGGAAUAGAUGAAGCUAUGAGUUAUGCAGAAGUAAUGAAAUUAAUCAAGGGCAUGAAUUUUUCCGUUGUUGUAUUUGAUACAGCUCCAACAGGUCACACAUUACGCCUCUUGUCAUUUCCACAAGUAGUAGAAAAAGGACUAGGAAAAUUACUGCGACUGAAACUAAAAAUUUCACCUUUAAUAUCACAAAUCAGUGGUCUUCUGGGUAUUCCCGAUUUCAGUGCUGACAACUUCUCUUCAAAGUUAGAGGAGAUGUUAAACAUAAUAAAACAAGUUAACGAGCAGUUUAAAAACCCAGAUCAGACUACUUUUGUAUGUGUUUGUAUAGCGGAGUUUCUAUCGUUAUAUGAAACAGAAAGAUUGGUUCAAGAAUUAACAAAGUGUAAAAUUGAUACACAUAAUAUUAUUGUCAAUCAGUUGUUAUUGAAUGUAAAUACUAGUGAAUGUAAAAUGUGUGCUUCUAGAUUUAAAAUACAGGAAAAAUAUUUGGAUCAAAUCAAUGAUCUAUAUGAAGAUUUCCAUGUUACAAAGUUGCCACUCCUUGAAAAGGAAGUUAGAGGUACAGAAAGUGUAAGAAAAUUUUCAGAAUAUUUGAUAACUCCUUACGUUGGCUAAUAUUUAGAAUAAUUUUAAAAAAUCUUUGCACAAUUUAUGCAAGAUGCUCACUUAUCCUAAGUACCUCAAUAAAGAAUUUUGCAUAAUUUUUUAUUUAGUACUUCACUGCGAGUCAGAGAAAAUGGGCCAUAAACAAAAUUUAAGACAUUUUUUUACUUACGUCACAUUAAAUCUAUUGUGUAUUGAGUCAGUUACUCUUGUAACAUGUAAGCCGGCAUUAUCAUUAGUACCAAAAGGAAAACAAGGAAAAUAAUUUAAGAAAAUAAUAAAUAUAUUGAAAAUUUCGAUAUACCAUUACCGUUACAGUCAUAGAAAUAAUUGAAUUAUAGAGUCAAGAAAAGGCAAGUAUCACUCGUUUAAAUAAUAUGUGUUAAAACCAUGGUUUUGGAUGACACUCAUUAUUCGAUUUGGUAUAGACCUGAUCAGUUUUGGACGUCACUUUGCGAAAAGUGGCUUUUGGAGCAGGUAUAUGACAUCUUACAUACUGUUUGAAAGGACUCCAUAUAUGCUCAACAGGAUUAAGGUCUGGACUUUGAGCAGGCCAGUCCAUUUUUUGAAUACCAACGUCUUCAAGAUACUGUUACAAUCCUUGCUGUAUGUGAACUCGAAUUAUCUUGCCACAUAACGCCUAGGACUGGUCCUUGGGCUUGCUGAACAUGGCUUUGGAGCAUUCUAGCAAUUUGUGUCUGGUCUUUCAAUGCAGCAAUAGUGAGAACACGAUCUUCUCUCACUGUUAUCUUCCUUUUGGUACCAGUACUGGAUCGUCAUUGAUGAGAUCGGUUCUCAAGAAAUCGUUGGUAAGUCUCUGCACAUUUGGACGACUAACAUUCAAUUGUCUUGCGACAUCUCUUUGGCUUGCUCCAUUUUUCAUCAUUAUUAAGAAAUAAAUUUCACUGUAAGGAGGCCAGUGUAACACUUAAGAUAUCUCAGAAACUCUUUAGACUACUACAAUAGUUUACACAGUUCUCCAAAUAAUCAACUUCGCGAAUCUUCGUUGAUACGUAAAUAAUGAUGGUCUAAGAGCUAGCAACGUUUUCGAGAAACUAUUUUAAGACUGAUUCUUUCACAUAUUGUUCCCUAUGCUUCCUCGAACACCGUACCGGCCAUCUGGCUGCUGAUACAUGUUGCGUUCAUUACUGCGCAGCACACCUGUACAGGUAAAUACAAAAUCAGGGUGAUUGAUUAGUGUGAUAAAGCUUAGUAGAUUCGCUAUAGUAAUAUGAUAGCAAUAAAAGUUAAUAACAAAACUUUGAGCUCACAUUACAAAAUUAGUUAGAAUGUUACAGGGUGUUCGAUAUCAUAGUGGCAGACCAAACUUAUGUUUUUUUAAAUGGAACACCCUAUAUUUUAUUUUAUAUUCGAAAUCCUGUUAACUUCUCCAUCAUAAAAAUAUAAAGAUUUGUUAUGUUAUACAGGGUAUUUACAAAGUUAUAACCAAUGUUAUACGAAAAUCGUAGUAAGUUCAGCUCCCUGUAUAAAUAAAAAUAAGCACAACAGCAAUGGUUUAUUGGUGCCAUAUUUUUUUGUUGAUUGUGAAAAUGUUUAAUAUUUGUUGAUAUUGCUAAUUUUCUUGAUAUCGAAUACAGGAUGAGUCAAAACGCAAGUACAUUAUUUUCUCAGUCAUUUUAAAUAGAACACCUUAAUUAAUAACUUGCUCUGAAAAAUUAAAAUAUCUCGAAAACUAACAAAUUUAGGCAUAGGGAAUAUUAUACAAAAAUUAAAGUACGGUAAUGAUACUUUUCGAUGGUGAUAUAAAUGACAGGGUGUUCCAUUUAAAAUUUCUGAGAAAAGAAUGUACUUGCGUUUUGACUCACCCUGUAUUCGAUAUAAGGAAAAUUAGCAAUAUCAACCAUUUUUAUAAAUUUUGACAAUCAACAAAAAAAUAUAGCACUAAUAAACCAUUGCUGUUGUGCUUAUUUUUAUUUAUAUAGGGAGCUGAAAUUGUUACAUUUUUCAUAAAAAAUUGGUUAUAACUUUGUAAAAGCCCUAUAUAACAUAACAAACCUUUAUAUUUUUGUGAUGAGAAGGUUAAGAGAGUUUCGAAUAUAAAAUAAAAUAUAGGGUGUUCCAUUUAAAAAAACAUAAGUUUGGUUUGUCACUAUGUUAUCGAUAUGUAACAUUCUGACUAAUUUCGUAAUGUAAAGCUGAAAGUUGGCUACAAUUUUUGUUAUCAACUUUUAUUGCUAUCUAUUACUAUAGCGGAUCUACUGAGCUGUAUCACACUCAACAAUCACCUUGUAUAUUGAAUUUAAAUUAUUUUAGGAUGAAACAUUUUUUUGUCAUUACUUUUUAAACCACAAAAAUGUCUGGCAAUUAUUAUAGUUCAUAUUUCUAAUAAUGUUUAAAAAGUAAUGACAAAAUAAUUUUUCCUCUUACAAUAAUUUUAAAUUCGAUAUGUUUACCUGCACAAAUGUGCAGCGCAGUAAUGAACGCAACCUGUACCAGCAGCCAGAUGGCCGGUACGGUGUCCGAGGAAGCAUAGGAAAUAAUAUAUUAAAGAACCAGUUGUCUUAAAAUAAUUUUUUUUCCGACGUCUAGCUAUUGGUUCAUGAGUUCUGAGAAUUUUGUUUUAAUAUGUUUUAUCAAUUUGUUUGUUCUCUUUGCAGACUCGCUCAGUAUAUAAAAAUAUAUAAAAUUUUCUGAAUUUUAUGGGUGGCCCGGUUUCUCUGACGCACAGUGUAUUUAUAUAUAAUAUAGAAUAUGGUUACAUUGUUUUAAUUUGGUUGUAUAAUUUUGGAUUUUAAAAAGCUCAUCUAUCAAUGUAGGCAACUGAACUAAUAAUACAUUCAAUGCACAUUUUUGUUAACUUAUAAUACUCCCGUGUUUGUGCAAUCUACAAUACAUAGUCUGACGGUUUUUAUUUGUAUAUUAAUGAAAAUGUUACUUCUUUGCUCUUUUUAUAAGAAUCAUCAUCAUCAUUUGCUGUACAACCCAUGGUGAGUCUUAGUUUGUUCUAGGUUCAGCUUCCAUUCUUUCCUAUCCUCCCCUUGGUUUUCCAAUUUCUUACUCUUAACCUUUUAUGAGAAUAAUAGGUACCAUAAAAAUAGAGGGGAUGAAAAUUUUAUUAAUAUUUCUCUAUAGUUGAGGGCGUAGGCGCAAAGUACUUAGUCUUAAAAAAUUUAAACGCAGAAUGAAAGAUUAUUACCGAGGGCCAAAAGUUCCAAAGGCUGUAUGACACUAUGCAUUUUCUUGUAUCAUUUCUAAUAUCGUUUUUUAUAUUAGAAAGUUAUAUACAUUUUCUUGUAUCGUUUCUUGUACGCACAUUUGUGCCCUGUAUGACACUAUGCAAGUUCUUGUGUCACGUUACAUUGGUAUGGUAGUACUGCGUCUACAGCUGAUUUUAAGGAUUUUAUAAAAUUUAUAAACUUUUAAAAACUUAUAAAUUUAACAUUUUAAUGUUAACCAUAAUUUUCACGUUUACUGUUUGAGGUGGAUUAUUUGUGUUUUUAUUUUAUUUUGAUAUUUCUGCUAAAAUAUUUGCAUUAGAAUUAUCUUCAGUUUGAUCCAAACUAGGAACUAUUGUAUUUUCCUCUAUUAAAAAAUUAUGCAACACAAUGAAAGCCAAAGUUAUAGUUUGAGCUUUACUAGGAGUUAAAUAUAUGGUUAUUAGUAGAACAGUAGUCCAUAUAUUAAGUAUUAAUAAAAGAUUUAUAAAUAAUACUUACAAAACACAUAUAAAUUCAUCAAAACAUAAAUCAUAUGAUCCAUUUUCAGCCGCCAUUAUGACAUUUAGAUGUUUUACCUGCAGGUUUUACGUUUUUGCUCUUUUCGCAGAAAUUGGCGCAGUUCUUGUACAAGAAUCUGUGUCUGACACAAAUUCUUGUAUCGUUUCUUGUAUCUGUGUAUAACACUAUUCAUUUUUUUGACAUAUCAGAACCGAUAUUAGAAAUGAUACAAGAAAAUGCAUAGUGUCAUACAACCUUUAGAAUAACCAAAAAGUUUCUGUUGAAUGAGAUAUUUGAAAUUAAAAAUCACACUAAAUUUUCUCGUUUUUUUCACCCCAGUAACUUAUUAAAAUAAACAUUACAGAAGUUUUCAGGAACUUUCGGCCCUCGGUAAUAAUGAAAUCUUUCAUUUUGCGUUUAAAUUUUUCAAAAAUACUUAUUAGUUUUCUCAGGAAUCGAAAAAAUAAAUUCAUUUAAAACACAUUCGCGCGAAAUUCUGGGCCUACGCCCUUAAAUUAAAGGUCAGUACCUAUAAAACGGAUGAUUCAGAUAAAUAAUAUCAGGAUUUUUAUCUAAAACUAUUGUGUGUCUACAAUGAAUCCUACUAAUGAAUUAUUUUUUGAGCACUCUUUAAGAAAUUGAUUAGGCUUAUAAAACAGCUUGGAGAAUACUGGAGCUCUUCUAAACUCUUUUUUGUUGUUAUCUAUGCGAACGUCUUGGUAAUGUUGGCAUUCUCUGAGGUUAUAUGACAGUGAGAGAAUAUCUUUGCAGUGGAGACAUAAUAGUGAAUCUUCAGAUAUAAAACAUAAGACAACAUGAGUUAUAUGCACAUACAUUUCUAUGGACGAUUUCCUAGAUAUGUUCUUUGACAGUUUUUUGCAAAUUUUACUUAACCAUAUUUCAGAAACGACUCGAGGUAAACAUUUCAAAUUGUGUAUUUUUGUUUCCCUUAUUAGCCACUAUGAGUAUUCCAAAUUAUAACCAAAUCUGAAAAGGGGUGGAAGUUAGGUGUGUUGAGUUGGUAUGGAAUAACCCUAAAUUGAUAGCUAAAAACGUAAAAUUUUAAAUACAGGGUGUUUGGUAAAGAAUGGGCCAUAGCUUAACCGUAGAUUCCUGAGCUUAAAAUAGGUCGAUUUAAGCUAACUUACGUUAGUACGAAAGUUAAUAAUAACCGAAAUACAGGGUGUGAAAGUUAAACUUUUAUUUUAUUUAUUCUUGAAUAUUUCCUGACAGGCAUGGAAUAAUAACACGAAAUUUGGCAAGCGGGAGUUUUUGGGACGAGAAAUCUAAAUUUGCCACCAACAAUGAUGCUUGACCCAGAGGGCGCCACAUACGAAUUUCAGCGCUCAUUUAAUACGUUCAGUUUUGUUAACCCCCACUCUACAUACUUUGUGGAUCAAAACUUUUAUUCUCUUAAUAUUUUUACUUAAAAAAGAUAUACUACAUUCAUCUCGCUAAACUGAACUGUUUUCGAGAUAACGCAUUUUAAGUCUGAGAGACAACAUAUAAUUUUGUGCUUAAUAUCAUUGUAAUUACACCCGAAAAAUAACUUAAAACCAUUAUAAUUGUGCCAGUUCUCAUAUUUAUGUCAUUGCAUCGCAAAUACCAUUUCAAGAAAUUUGCGAUACAUUUUUGGAAAUUUUUAAGGUUUUAAGGUAUUUUUCGGGUGUAACUACAAUGAUAUGCAAAAAAUUAUGUUGCCUCGCAGAUUUAAAAUGCGUUUAUCUCGAAAACGGUUGAGUUUAGCGAGAUGAAUGUAGUAUACCUUUUUUAAGUAAAAAUAUUAAUAGAAUAAAAGUUUUGAUUCAAAAAGUAUGUAGAGUGGGUAAUAAUAAUAUGCUGAAAGGCGUAUGUGGCGCCGUCUGGGUAAUAAAUCAUUUUUGGUGUUACAACCCCCGCUUACCAAAUUUCUUGUUGUUAUCCCAUGCCUGUCAGGAAAUAUUCAAGAAUAAAUAAAAUAAAAGUUUAACUUUGACACCCUGUAUUUCGGUUAUUAUCAACUUUCGUACUAAGGUAAGUUAGUUUAAAUCGACCUAUUCUAACCUCAGGAAUCUAAGGUUAAGCUAUGGCCCAUUCUUUACCAAACACUCUUUAUAAUAUGUAUUUUUCAUAACAUAUUUUGUAAAUCAGAAUAAAUUAUUGAUAGAGGCUUUGGUACAUGGUACCUACCUAUCUCGAUUAGUAGUUGCAUAGCUCAUUGUGUACUUUUUCAUAUUUAGCGCAAUACAUACAUUUUUGUAAAAUAUCGUAUUUCUUGUAAUGUUCUUACAAAAAAUUUUUAUUUUCUAAUUUAUUUAUAUACCAUAUAUUACGUGUAUUUUUUUGUAAGAUGCAAAUAUUAGUAUUUUAUCAUUUUUAGAGGUGUUUUAUUUAUAUUUGUAAUAUACAUUGUUAUAAGGAA